AUGGCGACAAUACUUUGCGCACGAAACAUAUCCAGGCUCUCGAGCUCUAGCCUCCGCAGUGCAGCGAACAGAAGUCUUGCUCCGAUAGGUCAACGGUGUCAACGUCGUAACGCGUCGUCUUACAACGCAAACAUCGCCGGGCUCACUGAAGAUCAAGCCGAGUUUCGCAAUGCUGUUGCAGAGUUUGCCCAGCGCGAAGUUGCCCCGAGAGCAGCAGAGAUAGACAAGAGCAACAACUUCCCUGCGGAUCUAUGGGAGAAGUUUGGUUCUAUGGGUUUGCUGGGAAUCACUGUCUCUUCAGAGUACGGUGGAUUGGAUCAAGGAUACUUCAACCACACUCUAGCAAUGGAGGAGCUGUCCCGGGCCUCCGGAUCCGUGGCCCUCUCAUACGGGGCCCACUCGAAUCUUUGUGUCAACCAAAUUCACAGGCAUGGCACGGAUGCACAAAAGGCCAAAUACCUCCCCGACCUGGUCAGCGGGAAGAAAGUCGGCAGUCUGGCCAUGAGUGAACCCGGGAGCGGAAGCGACGUGGUCAGCAUGAAGUUGCGUGCGGACAAGAUUGACGGGGGUUGGAGAUUAAAUGGGAACAAAUUCUGGAUAACGAAUGGGCCAACUGCGUCGACCCUUGUUGUAUACGCCAAAACAGCCCCCGAGAAAGGUUCGAAAGGGAUAACGGCGUUCAUCAUUGAGCGAGGUUUCCCUGGCUUCUCUACUCACCAAAAACUCGAUAAGUUUGGCAUGAGGGGUAGCGACACCUGCGAGCUAGUGUUCGAGAACUGCGAGGUCCCCGACGAGAACGUAUUGGGUCCUCUGAACAAGGGGGCGGGCGUCCUUAUGUCUGGAUUGGAUUUGGAACGACUCGUGUUGAGCGGAGGGCCUCUUGGUCUGAUGCAAGCCGCUUUCGACUACGCGAUUGAAUAUGUCCACGACAGAAAGCAAUUUGGCCAACAAAUUGGCACAUUCCAAUUGAUGCAAGCCAAGAUUGCCGACAUGUACACUAAACUCAGUGCAAGUCGCGCAUAUGUAUAUGCGGUAGCCAGAGCUUGUGAUCAGGGCCACAUUAGCAGACGAGACUGUGCUGGCGCCAUAUUGUAUUCCACUGAAAAGGCCGUCGAGGUCGCGUUGGAAGCGAUGCAGUGCCUUGGCGGGAAUGGGUACAUCAACGAAUAUCCCACUGGCCGCUUCUUGCGAGACGCACGCCUCUAUACGGUGGGCGCGGGUACGCAAGAAAUCAGGCGUAUGCUCAUUGGGCGGGAAUUCAAUCAAGAAUUCGGGACACGAUAG